AUGCAGCGACAUCUUCUUCUCGGCUUGGCAGGGCUGCCCGCUCUCCUCUCGGCGCAAAGGGUCUCUGUGACUUGCAGUUUCGCGACUGUUGCUGCAAAUGGCGAGACGUGCGAUAGCAUGGCCGCGACUUGGGGACUGGACACGGCCACUUUCCAAUCAUUGAACCCAAAAGCAAAAUGCCCAGAGGUCAUUGGAGGUGAGCAAUACUGUGUAGUUGGUACCGUGACCACAGUCACUGGCGAACCCACCACGGCUCCUGCAACCACGUCCACCCAGACGACAACGACGACGACGACAGAGGUCACCUCUACUACCGUACCAGGCAACGGCAUCACCACGCCUGUGCCAGUACAGCCGAACCUUGUCUCAAACUGUAACAAGUUUUACUUUGUCAACAAGGGUGACAACUGUGCUGACAUUACCGCGCGAUACAACCUCGACCUGUCCGAUUUUUUGGAGUGGAAUCCCAAGGCCGGCAAUAGCUGCUCCGGCCUCUGGGCCAACGCCUAUGCCUGCGUCUCCGUCAUUGGCUACGUCCCCAAGCCCAAGCCCAAGCCCACGUCCACGUCGACCAAGCCGCCGACAGCAACUGGCAAUGGAAUCCCCACGCCGCUUCCCACACAGCCCGGCAUGACGGACGGCUGCAACAAGUUCUACCUUGUCAAGCCUGGCGAGACGUGCGCGGACAUCGCCUCACGCAACGGCGUCUCCCUGUCUGACUUUCUGCAAUGGAACCCGCACGCCGGCAACGCCUGCUCGGGCCUGUGGGCCAACGCGUACGCCUGCCUGGGCAUGGUUGCGUUUUCGCUCAAGUCGAGGUUCCGCGUCGACUGCACGGGCGACGCCCACAACGUCGUUAACAUUGCCGGCGACCAAGGCCAGUGCAUAAACACAGACUGCAGCGUGGGGAGCCUGGAAAUCGCCGCGGCUGGCGUGUGCCCAGACGGCGAGGUGCAAAUUAGCUACUGGGAGCAGCCCGGCUGCCAGGGCAAGUGGUUUGGCUACGGGUACGCAAAGAGGGGGGAGUGCCGCGGCUUAUGGACGAAUGGGUGGAAGUUCAAGGCUAUGCAUCUGCGCUGCGCAAAGAGCCAGGAUGACUGUGUGAACAAGGGCUCUUGCGCGUACGAUCCUGAGCCGGCUCAGGGUGUUUGCUAA